AUGGCGGCGCUACUCGCUCUGUUCUUGACCUUGCUGGUCGCGCAUGGGAACCUCGUGCUGGCGGCCAACACGAGUCCCCUUCGCGGUCGAAACACAACCAAACCUGCUGCUUAUGACCCCCGGCUGGCGCCGGUACAUCUUUGGGCCUACUCUGGUAGCCUGGACACCUACUUGUCCAACCUUAAGCGCGGUGUUGUGCUUCGCGGCGGCUUUGACGGAUUCAACAAGACCAAGGUGACAAGCUUCAAGUCUGCCGCACGCAAGCGGCAAUCGUCUGACUUUUGGCUCUCCAGCCUGCGGCCUUUGGGAAAACAACCGCAUGCUGGCGAUGGCAACUACCAGUUCUUCCGCAACGUUGUGGAGGACUUUGGUGCCGACAACUCAGGAGAGACAGACGCCACGGAGGCCCUCAACGCGGCUUCGGCCAGUUGGAACAAGGACUCGGUCGGUGACGCCCGGACGCGAUGCGGCGAGAAGUGUGGCAACACAUUCUCGCAAGGUGCCAUUGUGUAUUUCCCAGGGGGUACCUACAAGAUCUGCACGCCCGUGAUUCAGUACUACUACACGCAAUUUGUUGGUGACCCCAACGAUAUGCCCAUUAUCAAAGGCUGCAACGACUUUCAGGGGAUCGCCUUAUUCGAUGUGGACCCCUACAUCCCCGGCGCCUCGGGCCAGCCAGCAGUGUCCAUCUACAACCAGCCCGACUCCAGCUCGACGCAGAUUUCCAUCUUUGCAGCCCGCGGGACGCUGAUCGAGUCCAAGGGCCCGUCGUGGUUCCACGGUGGUGGCUCUGAACACGCCAUUCUCUACAACUACCUCAUCAGCGGAGCUAAGAGCGUCUUCAUGGGCCACAUCCAAACUGAAUCGCCUUAUUACCAGCCCAAACCCAGACCCCCCGCCCCUUUCCAGGCCGCCGCUAGUUUUCCCAACGACCCUGACUUCAGCCACUGCGAGAUCGCGGCCGAAGUGUGGGAUGACUGGUGCAACUACGCCUGGGGCCUGCAGAUCAUCGACUCGGAAGAUAUCAUGAUCCACUCGGCUGGCUUGUACAGCUUCUUCAAUGAGUACUACCAAGACUGCAUCCUCACCAACAACUGCCGGGACCGCAUUCUCGAGGUCAAAGGCUCGAAGGGCGUUGUCAUCUACAACCGGUUUACGGUAGCCACCAUCAACAUAGCCAGUGGUAUCGACAACACCAACGUCCCCCAGAGUGACAACCAGCGUGGCUCCACCACCGAGGUCAGCGUGUGGGUGCCCCUUGAAGGGGAUGACCACGUCAAUAUGGUGUGGGUUGACACCGAAGUGUGGGACGCGCCCACGGUGAGCUGCCCGAGCCAGUCCUACAUGCUCGUGAUUCCGACGAGUUCGUUGGGGUCGUCCACCACCAUCCAACCUAGCAGCUACACCACUUCGCUGGAGUAUGGAGAGUUCGACACGAUCACUAUCGGCGGUGUGCAAACCACCGUUUUUGUCACGACCACCACUACUCUCACUAUCUCGGUGCCCUCUAUCGUGACCGACGGCAUCCCUUUCUCCAAUGUCAACGUAUCGACGGGGGCCAUCCCCAUCACCAUUUUCCCCAGUGUGAACCUCCCCCCCGCUGUCGUAACGUUGCCAAAUGGAGAGGGUGGCCAGACUUCUCGGACAGUCGCCCUCCCGCCUUGGCCCUAG